AUGAUCAUGUCUUGGUUAUGGAACUCUAUGCAGCCAUCAAUUAGCAAAAUCUUCAUGUUCCUUCCAACAAACCAUGAUAUUUGGGAAUCAGCUCGGAAGACUUACUCAAAGAUGAAAGAUGCAGCAGUACUUUAUGAAAUUAAAACUAAGAUCACCAACACCAAGCAGGGAACACUGUCAGUGACGGAGUACUAUAAUCUAAUGAAUGGUCUAUGGCUGGAAUUAGAUAAUUAUCAAAAUCUAACAAUGAAAUGUAAUGAUGACACACAAACUCUGUUGAAGCUAUUAGAAGAAGAAAGAAUUUUCCAGUUUUUGGCAGGAUUGAACAUUGAAUUUGAUCAAGUUCGUGUUCAACAGCUUGGAAAAGAGGAGACACCUAGUCUUGAAGAGGUCUAUUCUGCUAUCAAGGCUGAAGAGAAUCGAAGGACUGUUAUGUUGGAAACUCAACCUGCUAUUGGUUCUGCAAUGAUUUCAACCAAACCCAAUCAUAGUCGAGGACAUACUCCAAGACAGACUGAAGGAAAACCUGAAGUUUAUAAAUCAUCCAACAGGGAUGGACUUUGGUGCAACUACUGCAAGAAGGCACGUCACACUAAAGACACAUGUUUCAAAUUGCACGGAAAAGAGCAAGUGUUCAAUAAAAUCAAACAUCAAAGAACUCAGGCUCUUUGUGCAGUUCAAGAAGAUAGACAAAAAUCAACUAAUGAAGGACAAUUUAGCAAGCUGAGGUUCAAUCAAGAAGAGAUUGACAAACUAAAAGGCUUCCUCAACACCUUACCCCUCGGGUGUGUGUUCGUUAGCGACAAUCGGUGA